AUGGCGCUCGAGAAGAAGGAAAUCACCCCUUCUCCUCCCUGCCCACAAGAGCAUGAAAAGGGCACUAUCGAGAACCUCCAACUAGACCGUCUAGGCUAUAAACAAGAACUACGCCGCAACCGCUCAGUCCUAACUCUCCUCUUCCAAACCCUCGCCAUAGCAGCAAUCCCCUACGGCGAAGGCUCAGCCCUCCUCUCCGCCAUCUACGGUGGCGGUCCCCUUUCAAUCUUCAUAGGCUGGAUAGUCGUCUGCCUCCUCGAUCAAUGUGUUGCCCUAUCCCUCGCCGAGCUCUCCUCCCGCUACCCAACCUCCGCAGGCCCGUACUACUGGACCUUCCAAAUAUCCAACAAAACAACCCUCUCCUUCAUCAACGCCUGGAUCUGGCUAAUCGGCAACUGGACCAUAACCCUCUCCGUAAACUUCGGCUUCGCCUCGAUGCUCUCAGCAACAAUCUCAAUCUACCACCCAACAUGGUCAGCAUCCAGCUGGCAACUCCUCCUAAUCUUCUACGCAGUCUGCCUCGCCUCCCUAGCGAUCUGCAUCUUCGCAAAUGACCACCUCCCCCUAGUCGACACCCUCUGCGCAUCCUGGACCCUCCUCACAAUAAUAAUCAUCCUAAUCGCCCUUUCCAUCAAAGCGGACACAGGCCGCCACUCAGCAUCAUACACCCUAUCCCACUACGACAAAUCCUUCGCCGGCUGGGGAAACUUCACUUUCUUCAUCGGCCUCCUCCCAGCUGCAUACACCUUCUCUGCAAUAGGCAUGAUCUCCUCAAUGGCAGAAGAAUGCACAAACCCAGCAAUCAAAGUACCCCGCGCAAUAGCUCUCUCCGUCCCCGUCGGCGGAACAGCAGGCCUAUUCUUCAUCAUCCCAAUUUGUGCAACCCUACCCCCGCUACAAGACAUCAUAAACGCCCCAGCAGGUCAAGCCCUCCCUUACAUCCUGGCUCGCGUAAUGGGUUCCCCCGCCGGCGGUCUCGGCCUCGUCUCCCUCGUCCUGGUUAUAACAGUCUUCUGCUCGAUUAGCAUAACAGUUGCCGCGUCGCGCGCAACCUGGGCCGUCGCCCGUGAUGACGCCGUUCCGCUGGCGAGACUGUGGGCGCGUGUUGACCAGCGCUGGGGCGUGCCGGUUUGGGCGUUGGUUUUGUUGACGGGGAUUCAAAUGUUGUUGGGGUUGAUUAAUCUCGGGAGUACGAGUGCGUUUACUGCGUUUGUGUCGGUCGGCGUUAUUGCGCUUGCGACGGCUUAUGCUAUUCCUAUAUUUUUGAGUUUAUGGUGUGGCCGUGAGGAGGUUGCUAAGGCGCCGUGGAACUGUGGGGGUGUUGGGAGAUUUGUUAAUGUUAUUUCGUUGGCUUGGAUUGCGUUUGAGUUGGUGCUGUUUAGUAUGCCGACUGCUUUGCCGGUUACGGCUGUGUCGAUGAAUUAUGCCUCGGUUGUUUUUGUCGGGUUUAUGGCUAUUUCGGCGGUCUGGUAUGUGGUUUAUGCGAGGAAAUGUAAGUUCUUUUGGAUCGGACUGGGAAUUUAUGCUGACAGUUUAGUAGAUUAUAAGGGUCCGCCUGAGUCGGAUGCUCUCUAA